UGGUGAAUAAACAUCUGAAUCAAUUACUAUACUGGGUUAAUAUCUUAGUUUUCUUGGCACUGAGAUGGGAAUUGUAACGGCUAGGCCAAUAUAGUCUCAUUGCAAGAUUAACUACAGCAAGUAUAUAUCAUGUAAUCACGGUCACCGUAUUCCUUAAAAUAGAAAACAUAAUGUUCCAAAAUAGACAACCAACCAGGUGAAUAUGUUGUGUGAUUCUGCAUUAGCUAAUGGCUCGGCCAUUAUAGACCCGGGCUUAUUUCAGGACAAGAAAUAAUGGUGUUCGGUUAUGUCGGUGUCAACAAAUAAAUAGAGAAAAUCAAUCCGUCAAUAUAGUACAUUCUUUUUAAUCUAACAGACAUCAUUAUUAUGUUUGCCAAGUAUAUAACCAUGAUUUAGGUGUACAUUCACGAGGUAAAUUAUUUCAGCAAAAGCACGAGUUCGUGAAAUACCACACGUUCCGUUUUUGUAUCUUAUAUCUAAAUGUAGAGUUUUAAUGUGUUGGUAAUUUUGUGGAUAUUUAUAUUUCUUAAUACAAAAAAUGAUUGUGCGGUGAGAGAAGUGCUGGAGAUUAUUUUCGGUUAAUGUUGGUAACUGACGAUGACCAAUACAAGGAUUCGUAAAGUAUUUAAUAAAACGGAGAUAUUUGUGGACACUGGUAGAUUAUUUGUUUGACUACCACCCAGCUGUGAUUUUCUGUGGAAUAUAAUUUUACACUUACGAUCGGAAAUGUCAGCGCACUUCCAUAAGAUGCAUUUCUUGGGGCUUGUGUCUUUUUCAAUAUACGUCAUCGUCAUGUCUAUUAUCUUCCCAGUAUGUUCGCACGAAAGUGGCCGAAUGAAUUUCGUAAACAAAACAACGUUAUUUGAUAGAGAAUACAGCACGAAACACCCCCGUAUUCUAGAACUUAUCGCUACCAUCAGUGAUAUUAUGUCCUGGAUGAGGUUGGUGGUCAUUUAUGACAGUCACGGCUUAAAUUUACUUUGGGAUUUUUACGACUCUGUGGAAACACAAUACACACCAGCGGCGUUUUUUGAUGUUCACGACUGGAAAGGACAAGAGACAUCUCUGUUAUUAAUGAUACACAAACAAUAUUUCCCAAAUAUUUCAAUCAUUCUGUUUGGGGGCCAUGAUGUUCUCAACCUCUUGGCAAUCGCAAAUACUCUAGAUGCUCGUUCUAAUCGAUCUACAGACUUCAGUCAUAAGUCGUUUUGGAUAUUUGUUCCUGGUGAUGAUAAUACAUGUGUAUUUUCGGUUCUUAAUACUGACCAAAUUGUUCUGGAAAAUAUUGUAAUUAUUUCGUGCUUCGAGUCUUCUGUGGGUGUAUUCACGUUCACUUUAUCUAACAGACGGUUUGCUCUUGUACGAACCUACACAAAAUCAUCCCUCUUCCCAAAUACAUUGUAUGGCUUCAAUGGUAGACAUUUUAUCAUAACUUCUCAUGUCGCGCCGCAGUUUUUUAUUAAGCAUAAUGAUAGUGGAAACAUUACAUACUCAGGUUACGCAAAGACCUUUUGUGAUGCUAUGUCCAGGUUUUUAAACUUUACGUAUAGGUUUGUGGAACCAGAAGAUAACCAAUGGGGCAACCUCGUCAAUGGUUCGUGGGACGGAUUGGUAGCCCAAAUGAUAAGACGCGAAGUUGACAUGGCAGUAGCAGAGCUUACGUUGACUCCAGAUAGGGAAGGGGUGGUUGAUUUUAUUUUGCCGCCUUUUUUUACCCAGGGACUUGGCAUGGUGUUCCGAAAGGAAGAUGAUUCGACCAAAGGAUGGUUAAAUAUCAUGCAGCCAUUUCAGCUACAAGUUUAUUAUGUUUUAUUCUCCGCCGCUGUUGGAAUUUGUAUCGUUUUUUAUAUUUUGGAAAAGGUUAACCCGGUAAAUAAAGACAACACACAUCAUAAAACUUCGCCAGCAACGGAAUUUGUGGGUGUAUCCAACCUGUUUUUAUCAGUAGCUGGAUGUCUGUUCUUAGGAGGUGAUGGUAUUCGUCCACGAACCUGGACCGGUAGGGUUCUGACGUUUUCCUUAUGGUUGUUUUGUGUGGUGAUAGCAGCGACUUAUUCUGGUAACCUAACGGCUUCCCUUUCUGUUAGGCGGGAGAAGAAACCGUUUAACAGUCUCGAAGAGAUGGUAGAACUUGAGGGAUGGAAAUGGGGUGUCCAUCCGUCCACCCUGACGGCUGCGUUAUUGAGAGAAGCCAAACGGGCUGACAUGCGGAAAGCUUGGAAUAAAAUACUCGAAUUCAAUAAGUCCGACCCCGGUGUGCUUUCAACAAGUGCUACAGAGCACAUUGACCGAGUUACAAAAGGGAAAUAUGCUUAUAUUUCGCUAGACCCUCUUCUGUUUAAGCUCUCGCGGAAUGACUGUACAUUUGACACAAUUACAAAUGUACUGGCAACACAACAUGUUGCCCUCGCUCUUCCUACAGAUUCUCCUUUGACGCCCGAAAUUCAGCGUUUUAUGUUUCAUUUAUUUGAUGGAGGUGUUCUAAAAAGAUGGGAGCAGGCUCGAUAUAAGGACCAACGCCCUAAAGAAUGUCUUCAUUCAGAUAGUACGGAGCUGAAGGCCAUGUAUUUAGACGAUAUUAAAGGGGCAUUUGCGGCUUUAGGAUUUGGUGUAGUAUUUGCUUUGUCUGUCCUCAUUUGUGAAAAUACACUCCGGCUCUUUUCCAAACUUAAAGGGGCAUAACAAUAGAUAUUAAUUUCUGUGUCUGUUUCACUCAGGUUAUUCGAAAUCCUUUAAGAACCACUUCCGAAAACCAACGUUUCAUUGAAUAUUUUGACAAAAUUCGUUAAUGUGGCUAGCUUCCCUUCAAGUUGAAAUUCAUGUACUGUGCAAACCAAAAUCCUUUAAGAACCACUUCCGAAAACCAACGUUUCAUUGAGUAUUUUGACAAAAUUCGUUAAUGUGGCUAGCUUCCCUUCAAGUUGAAGUUCAUGUACUGUGCAAACCAAAAAAGGAAUUUACAUGAUUAGUUACUUGCUUGCUAUUGUUUUAAACUCUAUUAUCAUAAAUUAAUUGACUGUAGAUGAUGUCAGCUGAAUAAAAAUUUAUUGGUUUAGUUAUGUAAACUGUUUGUUAAACAUUGCGUUUAUCUCAUUUUUAAAAAAUAAAAAUACAUAAAUGUCAAAAUU